AACAGCUGAAAAUGCUCUAAAAUGUCUGUUGUCCGUUGAUGCUGGUUAGCAUUUAUUGGGGGUGAAUUCGAAAUAAAUCGGCAAAUUUUCACAUUUACUCUCAAUAUUUUGAUAAAAUGUGUUCUUAACUAAGGAAGUUAACGUAUUUCCGUUUCGGUUGCCACAAACUGCACUCGCGGCCCGCGUUUUUGCUAAUUUGGUCCUGACUGUUUACGGAAGCAAAGCGAGGGCAAUGGCAUCAUUCAGAAUACACGAGGAUCAAGAAAAUGCUUCCCUGGGGCUGAGGAAAGAUAAUGCCGACGUGUUUUCGGCAGCACAGCGUCGUGCCCUUGGCGACUUGAGCCAGUUCGCCUGCAACCAGAAUCGGAAUAUCAAACUGCCGGGAUUGACGAAUGGAGCUUGUAAAGUUCAAGAUGAAAACAGGACCGUACGGCAGAUAAAGAAUGAAAAGAACAUAGUGCCCCCCGUGGCUCAGUUUCGCGCGUUCAGCGUGUACGAAGACAAACCCAGUGAGAAUGAGUCGAAGAAACGCGAGCCGACCUUCAAGCCAUUUGUUGCCAAGGAUAAUAAUAAAAAGGAUAAUUUCUUUGUCAAUGCUGCUGAAAAUGUCAGGGCUUUAUGUGCUAAGAUUGAGAAGCAGCCAGAUAAGUCGAAAGAUGGACCUCCAGUUAGACAACCAUUGCAAGAGAAGAAAGAUGUGGUGGAAUCUCCCAUGUCAGUUGUAGAUUCAAGUGUGCUGUCAAUGUCCAUUUCCAAAAAUGAGAGCACAAUCCUUGAAGAUUUGGCUGAAGAGGAGGAAGAAAAGGUGACUGCUCAGACUGAUCGAGAGAUGUUCUUCCAUGUGGCAGAGUAUAGACAGGAUAUCUACGAGUACAUGCGAGAGAUUGAGGUAAAAAACAGAGCCAACCCUCGCUACAUGCGCAAGCAGCCGGAUAUCACCCAUGUGAUGCGUUCCAUACUCAUCGACUGGCUAGUGGAAGUGUGCGACGAGUACAACCAGCAGAGUGAGACGUUACACCUCGCCGUGUCUUAUGUGGACCGUUUCCUCUCCUACAUGAGUGUUGUCCGCACCAAGCUACAGCUUGUCGGGACCGCUGCUACGUAUAUCGCUUCAAAAUAUGAAGAGGUGUACCCGCCCGAUGUGGCGGAGUUCGUCUACAUCACAGACGACACAUACACGAAGCGUGAGGUGUUGCGUAUGGAGCAUCUCAUCCUGAAAGUGCUCUCCUUCGACCUGUCGACACCAACGUCGCUUACAUUCCUCUCGCAUUAUUGCAUCGCCAACGGAAUAUCCAAGAAGAUCUUCUAUUUAGCUGCUUACAUCUCAGAGCUGUGCUUGCUCGAGGCGGACCCGUACCUGCAGUUCAAGCCGUCGAUCAUCGCCGCCGCGUCUCUGGCCACCGCCCGCCACGCCCUCCUGUGCGAGUCUUGCGAACGUUACGAAAACAAGGACAUCGAUGCGGAGGCUGGCGAGCCCCUGGCGUCGUGCCUGCAGGUGUCGUGGCCGGCGGCGCUGGCGGCGGGCGCGGGCUACGCGGCGCCGCAGCUGGCGGCCUGCCUGCGCCCGCUGGCGCGCACGCACGCGCACGCGCCGCUGCAGCCCUACCAGGCCAUACCGGACAAGUACCGGAGCAACAAGUUCGAAGGUGUGUCAAGUAUCCCGGCGCGGCCCAUGUUCCCGGUGCGCCGCUACACGCCGCCGGCCGCGGCCACGCCCGCGCGGCCGCCCGCCGACGCCGGGCGCUCCAGCUAGUACACGCCAGGAACCACAACAUUCUAAUCCUCGAUGAUACAACCAAAUAGAUGCCUAAUGACCGUUUUUUGCACAGAAUCCAUUCUGACAACUAACCUAGGUAAGGGACGGGACGGCACUGCGUUCUGAUUGUCUCACUCAAGACCUUCAUGUCACCGAAAGGUCACGGAAGUGACCGAACGUUGGCAGGCGGAUAUACGACAAAUAAGUCACACGUGUUGACAGAACCCGUCCGCCUUUUAUUAGGUAUCUAGUUGUUGUACCGUCGAUGGUUCUAACCUAGACCCAGAGCACGCAUAUUUAGCCUAACCAAAGAAAUAACACAUGUCUAACAUUACAAAUUGGUAUCCUCAAUCAUAAGCAAUGUAGAACAUCGUUGGCUGUACUGACAGUCUUGAAAAUACGGAAAAUACUGACUCAACUCUGGGUUUGUUAACCACAUACAUGCAAACUGGAACAAUGGGGCAAGCCGUGUUAAAAUUGAGCAACCAAGACUGAAAUAAACUUGUCUAAAAGCUUCACCUACAAUGUAAUAACCGCCUUAGGAAUUCAGGGUUUGCCACAUGCUCCUCUCAUUUUGUGUACUCGAAACUCGAGACACGCUUCUUGUCGUUGCUAAUUGUAAAAGUAUCAAGUACACUGCUCAAUCACACUUGAUUGACUGAUGCGUGAAUACUCUAAAAAGUACAACUUUUGAAAAUAAGGAGCCAGGUGAGUAGUGUUUUAUUAUUCCUAUUAGCAUUUACGUUUUGAUCCUUAUUCGAAUAUAAACUGUUGCAUUUGUUAUAAAAAGCUCAACAUUCUCAAAUAGACAAUAAUUUUUAUAAUUUUAAGUAUGGAGGAGUUUGAAUAUUGUGUGUUGUUACUAUAGAUAAUUAACAGUUUCCAAUGGAAAUAAAAAUUCGAUACUGUAUGUUUGUGCUCGGUGUGUAUAUGACUGUUGUGGACAUAAGAGUAGCUCACAGUAACAUCUGAACGCUCUAUAUGGCCAAGACAACAUUGUAGGUUAAUAACGUAACAUAAAAUAUUCUAUUCUCUAAUCCUCACUGUGUUCAUUUUUGUGGAGUUUGUCUUCCACUACUGGCACUGAUUUAGUAUUCUCAUCAUAUUUCUUACAUUCAAGGUGUGAUAUUAACAUGCCUAUAAGCAGAUACAAUCAAUAGGACCAUACAUUUUGAACCUUUACUUGGAAAACAGUAUCCGCGUAUAUCAUACUUCAGAAAUAAGUUAAAUACAUCUCUAUCACUAUUUUAAUAAUCUGUCGAGUAUUAAUUACAAAAGCUAAAUGCUAAGAUAUCUUAGUAAUUUCUUUAGUAGUGUAUUUGGAGUUUCAUUCACUAGGAGACGCAAGAAUUUGAGGAUAUUUUAAUCGUGAACAUUGUAUCGCGUUAGUUACAACAUUUGUUAGUAAAUUAUUAUUUUUGAGAUGUAAGGUAUGUUUUUAAUGUUGGUAAGUAGUUUUUAAUGUAAUUGAAUAUAAUAUAAUCGAUAUUUUGCUCCAGUUUUUGUACAUGGAGGUAAGUACCUUUAUUGGUAAAUAUAAUAUUGUAAAAAUA